UUCUCCCCCUCGUCUCCCUCACGCUGCCUCCCCACCCCCGCUGUCGCUCGCAGCGGUUUUUGUGUUUGUCGGCGAGGCCGAGCCCUGGCGUCGAAAUCUGGGGUCCGUGUGGAGAGACGCAGCCCUGUGCUCCGUGAAGCUAUGGCUGCCUUAAGAAAAUCAGCUCAAGAUGUCCAAAAGUUCAUGGAUGCUGUCAACAAGAAAAGCAGUUCCCAGGAUCUGCACAAAGGAACCUUGGGUCAGAUGUCUGGAGAACUGAGCAAAGAUGGGGACCUGAUAGUCAACAUGCGGAUUCUGGGCAAGAAGAGGACCAAGACAUGGCACAAAGGCACCCUUAUUGCCAUCCAGACUGUUGGGCUAGGAAAGAAAUACAAAGUGAAGUUUGACAACAAAGGGAAGAGUCUGCUGUCUGGCAACCAUAUUGCCUACGAUUACCACCCUCCUGCCGACAAGCUGUUCGUGGGCAGUCGAGUGGUGGCCAAAUACAAAGACGGAAAUCAGGUCUGGCUUUAUGCUGGCAUUGUAGCUGAGACCCCCAACGUCAAGAACAAGCUCAGGUACCUGGGCGGGUUUGUAGAUUGUAGGGGAGCUGGGAGCACAGCACCCCACUAUUCAUACCAUGGGCAAGAUUUCACUGCCAGCUUUUGUGUUUUCAUCCUUUGUAAUCAGAAACCCUUCCUCUCUUCCCAUGUCAUUUCUUUUCUUCUUUUAAAGACAGCAUCUCUAUGUGGAGUUCAGGCUACUCUCAUAUUUUUGUUUGUAGGAUAACCUGCUUAGGGUUGCGCCCUCUGCAGUGUGCUGGACUAUCCCACAAGAAAAUGCCGUACACAUUUGUCUGCUGGCCAGUGUAAUGGAAGGAUUUUCUCCUUCCUUUUCAUUUUUUUUUUAAAUUUUUAUCUAUCUAUUUAUUUAUUUAUUUUGGUGGCGGGAUCUUGUAACUCUGGGUAGCCUAGAACUCAAUAUAUAGUCCAUCCUGUCCUAAAGCUCACAGAGGUCCACCAAGUAUUGGCAUUGAAGGUUGACAUUUCCUCUUCUCAAAUGAUCUUAGACUUGUGUUAUGUCUGCAAAAUAAAGAGCAUACUCGAAUUUAUAACAUUAUAGUUUAGCCAUGUAUGGAGGUGAAUGCCUUUAAAGAGGCAGAGGCAGAGGGCUCUCUGAGUUGGAUCCCAGUGUGGUCUACAAAGGCAGUUCCAGGACAGCCAGGGCUGUUGUACAGACAAACCUUGUGUCAAAAAAACCAAAAUAAAAUACAUAAUUUGCAAUUUAAAAAAAUUAUGAUUUGCAGGGUGACUCAAACCUAUAAUUUUGUCAAAAAGCUGUGGCACAAGGAUCACUUCAAAUUUGAGGAUAACCUGGGCUACAUGGUGUGGUCCAGUGUAGCCUAAGUGACACUGUGAGAUCUUGUCUCAUAAAGCUAUCAAUUGUUAGCUGCGUGUGGUUCCAAUUGCUAUAAUCCCAGCACUUGGGAACUGGCGAGAAGAGGUUCUCAGUAGUUCAAGGUCAGCAGCCUUGUGGUACCGAGACCCUGUCUCAGCAGAGGGCUAGGGACUGGUGUGUGGGAGUACUUGCUGCUCCUCUGCAUGGCCUGAGUUUCCAGCAGCCAUAUCUGAUGUUCACAACUAUCUGUAGUUCUCACUCCAUGGGAUCUGACAUCUCUGCCUAUUCAAGUGCCUGCACUUAGGUACACAAACUUAAAUGUAGGCAUAGAUACAUAUAAUUAAAAAUAAUAAAAAUUCACCCAGAGUUAUACAGAGAAACCUUGUCUUGAAAAACCAAACCAAAACAAAAAUCAAAGAAAAAUUUAAAACAACCAUCCAAAGCCUCUAAAACAAACCACCCAUUCAACCAAUACAACCAAAGGCAACCAACAAACCAAUUAAACAAGAAGCCAACAUGGUAUGUAUUCUCUCACUAUAUGUUCUUUUAGUGGGUGAUUUAUUAAACUUUUGUUUGUUUAUAGUUAUUUUUGUGUGUGUGUGUGUGUUCUAUAUAUGGAGGUCAGAGGACAACAGUGAAGUUAGGUCUCUCCUUCCAUCUCUAUGUGCCUUUGGAGCUUCAAGUACCUUAGCUCUUGAUCCAUUUUACCUGUUCUGCUUACUUAUUUUUAAAUGUUUUUUUAACAUACUGUGUGUGUGUGUGUGUGUGUGUGUGAGUACACAUGUGUGAAAAACUGCAGACAAUUUGUAGGAGUUGGUUCUCUUUCAUUCUGUAAGUUUUGAGCAUUGGAACUUGGGUUGCUAGGCUUGUCUGUGUAUGCCUUUACCAGUGAAGUCAUCUUGAUGGCAAAUUCUUAAAUAUUUGUUGAAUUAGACUGUAAGACAACAAGACAAGGGUAGUGCGAUAUGCUGGUACUCCCAACAUUGGAAGAAGAGCCAGUAGAAGCAGGAAUUCAAGGCUAUUCUUAUCUACAUUGUAAAUUUGAGGCCAGUAUUGGCUACAUGAGACCUUGAUUCAAAGGAUAAAAAUUAAACAAAACACAACCCCUCCCUCCACGUUUACAUGGGAAUGAACGUAAUAGGUUUUGAGUGUUAGUUCCAGUUUGCUUCUCACUCCUGGGUUAAUUUACAAGGUGUCAUUUGCGUUAUGUCUGUAUUUUUAUUUUACUUUUUUUGAGACAGGGUCUCUCUACAUAGUCCUGGCUAUUUUGGAACUCACUCUGUAGAUCAGGCUGGCUUUGAACUCACAGACAUCCACCUGCCUCUGGCUCUGAGUGCUGGGUUAAAGGUGUGCACUACUAUGCACUGCUUCGAUUGUAUAUCUUGAUCUGUAAAAUUGUGGAAUUUCUCUCAUGGUGUUGUGAGUAUACAGUGUCUGUCCUGAAUGGCCCUUGUAAUUAGAUAAUAUUUUAUAAUUAGACAAUAAUUCUGUGUGGUUAUCGCCUUACCAUUUGUUAAAAACUUGUCACUUUAUACUUAUUGACUUAGGAGAACUAGUUUCAUUUUGUAGUACAGACUGGACUCUGCCUUCUGAGUGCUGGUAUACAUGUUUUAAUAAAAAUAUAUUC